AUGAGGCCAAGAAUUUCGCGGAUCAAGCAACAGCUGGAAAUCAUCAAUGAGAGGAAGACAUGCAAUUUGAUGGAUCAUAUUUUCGACGUUUUGGAAGAAUACACAGAUUGUUUGGAAGGGAAAGUACAUGACAGAACAAAGAAGCUGAUUGCGGAGAAGAAACGAGCUGAUUUUCUGCUUUACCGAAUGCUUCCCAAGCAGGUGGCUGAUGCGCUGAAGGGUGGUUCCGCGGUGGAGCCGGAAUCCUUUGAACAAGCUACUGUUUUCUUCUCAGAUAUUGUUGCUUUCGGUAAACUUUCGGCGAAGUGCACACCAUUGCAAGUAACCUCACAUUAUUUUACUCCAAGUCAGCUGCAGUUGCUCGAAUGCUUGCUCGCUUCAACUUCUAAGCUAGCUCGAGUCAAUUUUAAUAGUGGGCCCUGCGAAACGUUGCUAGUUAAGCCGUGCCGCGGCAUUUUAAAAGCUACCUGCGCGCAGCUCAUCAGUACAACGCACAGUGCAUCAGGAAUACCGCGGUGGGCUAGAGAAGAGGACACGUACAUCUGUCUGUGUUGGAAAGCAACGUUGCAGAUUGUGACACUUCUGGGCGACUUGUACGUGGCAUAUGACUCCAUCGUGAACCAGUACGACGUUUACAAGGUGGAGGCAGUCGGUGAUGGAUACCUGUGUGUAUCAGGUAUGCCUCAGAGAAAUGGCAAUAAUCAUGCUAAAGAAAUUGCCCUCAUGGCCUUGGCUUUUAUGAAAGAUUCUGCGAAUUUUCGCAUUGCACAUCUUCCUAACGAGCGAAUCAUGUUACGGAUUGGAAUCCACACAGGAGCAGUAGUUGCUGGAGUAGUUGGCAUCACACUGCCUCGAUACUGCAUCUUUGGCGACACCGUGAACACGGCCUCGCGCAUGGAAAGCUCUGGAAAAGAAGGAUUCAUCUGCUUUGCACGGGAAGAUUGUUGUGCGCGCGAAGUCUACGUCCGAAGAAGAGACGAGGAUGAUCCCAGCAGUGGCACAGUGCGUCAGCAGCGCUCAAUCGAUAUCCAGCUACGCGAGACAGUAAUUUUUCAAAGGCGGCCGGUGAAAGAGCGGAUCCGGAGUGCUCCAGGUUUUCCUGGGGUUGCGAUCGAUUGCUCGUGA